AUGUCUGAGGGUUCUUUUGUUUUUCCAGUUAAGAACAUCGGGGAAGCAGCCCCAAGUCAAGGUUCUUUCUUUUUUAAACGGCUUGUCCCUUCCUUUGGAGAACAAUGGCACCGGCGAUGGACGUGGGGAAAGCAUGUGCAGCAACAACAGCAAGAAAAAAAGCAGCUCCUGCACGACACUCUCGCCGUGGGAAUGCGCAAAGCCAAAUCGUCUCAAUGUAGUAUAAGCACUAUGGCUUCUGGAAAGACGGCCACCGGCACCAAUGGCAACAGCAACUGUGGCAGUAACGGCACCAGCCUGGACCUCGGUAUAUCAGGGUCAAAGGUUACCAGUGGUGCCUCUUUCGCAACCAGGAACAGCAGUAGCGGCAUCAACAACAGCUCGGUCAGCAGUGGCAUUUCAAGCCAGCUGCGACUCGGGUCCUGUCCUGCCCUCAUUAGGAGCCGAUACUCUUUGCCGUUGACAGAAGCCCCUUUCACCAGCAGCAGCAGCAAUCUGUGCCUUCAGCAAACGGCAGCACCAGCUCACGCAACUGUUGCUUGUGAGAAACAUUCGGAGCCUUCCGCAGCCUGCUUUCAGUCUCAGCAGGAGAACAAGCAGCCGAGGGAACAGCAGCAGUUGAGAGAGCAGCCGGAACAGCAUCAGGCGGAGCAGCAGCAGGAGCAGCACCAUCAGGAGCACCUACAGGGGCAGCAUCGAGAGAAGUGUAUGCAGAUCGCGCGGAAACAGGACCAGCUGAGAGAGCAUGAUAGAGAUUACGUCAGCCGCCUGGCACAGCAGCAGCAACAACAAGUGAACAAGCAGCGGCAGCAGCAACACUCUAAAGAGCAUCAGCGCAUCAAGUGUAAGCAAGAAUCAAAAGAAAAACACCAGCAACGCCAGCAUGCCGAAAGCCAGGACAGCGUACAGACCCAUCCUCCCUCCGGUGCUCUGCCCGUGCAUCCUCCUUCUGUAGCUUCAGAACACGAAUCACGCCACUUCUCUGUUGCUGCAGCAGCAUGCCUUAGUGGCAUCGGCUCGAGCAGCAGCAACAGUGGCAGCACCGUUAGUGACAACAAGGACAGGCAUACCGUGGAUCUGCCGUCUGAAGCUCUUGACGCAGCUGCAGAAGCAAUGCGAGGGGUGUCGGAGCAGGUCCGAUUGGCCCGACUUCGGCUGCAAGAAGAGCGCCUGAAGCAGCAUUAUCACACGCAGCAACUCCAGCAGCGGAUGAAGCCUCAGCCGAAGCAGCAGCAGCGUCGGCAAGCCGUUGACGUCUUGGCCGUAGGCGGCCCACCACCUCCGCGAAGGCAUUCGAGGAACUGUCGUCUUGAUGAAGGGUCGUACUAUACUUUCAAGUCUGCAAGGGUGAAUGGAGUCACGGUGGAGCUGAAAAAUAGAGAAGAAGUUGCAGCAUCGAUCCACAGACUUCAUUGCGAAUACGGAAUUCCCGUUUGUAGGGAAUUCGGAUUUCGCUAUUUCAUGCUGGCUGAGCAGCACCCGCUGCACCGGAAAGCAGGUUCAGUUAUUCGAAAGCCUUUUAAUAACAUCAGAGACCGGCAAGACGCAUUGCACCAGCGAGCCGCCUCCAAGAGCGGGCGUUCAGUCCGGCCGGCAACCGCAGCAGCACCAAGUAACAGCGACAGCGGCCAGAAACUUAGUACCAAGUGGUCUUAUUCCAUACGGAUUCGGAUACGGCAGCUACAGAGGCCUCAAGAAUUAUUGCAACUGCCGACGCAGCUCGGGAUAUUUUUCCACGAAUUGGCCCAUCUCCGGUUCAUGAAUCAUGGCGUGGGCUUCGCAUGUCUACUAGCUCGCAUAUUUCGCUACGCGACAGAGCGGGGACUCUUUGAGCCGGGCUGCGAGUCAGAAUUGCCUUCUCCCUGGCUGUGGGAAAGGGUCGUAUUCUAUUGUGGCGGCUUCGUGUCGGAUGCUGUGCUUCGGCAGCUGCUGCUAGCAGAUCCAAAGGCUCGCGCUGCUGCAGGCACUGCGUGCGAUCUCGAGGCAGCGCCAGCUGCGUCCACUGUUGCCGCUCAGCGACGUCUUCAAGGAGAAGAAGCUGCUGAUUCAAUGCAGCCAGGUUUCGAGGAAAAACCAACUAGUUGUGCUUAUCCUUCAGCAGCUCCUUCUACUCCUUCUUCAGCUGUUGGAGCAGUGCCGGCAGAGGCUGUUGCCAGCUGUGAAAAGACUUCAGAGAAGACACGCAGUAGUCUCAUGCUGCAUGAGGCUGCACGCAUCCAGACGAAGCCCCUGAGAGUGCAACAGCAGCAGCGUCAAAAGCCCAGAAGGCCCUCCUGUAGUGGCACUUUUCAGUUCACCAAUCCCCAUCCUACUGGAUCCACCUACAAGACAGCAGGACGAACUGCUAGCAGUAGCAUGAUUAAUAGCUCUGUCUCAGCUCCCCGGCGGUCAACAGGAAAGCUCAGUACUUGUGCACCGCAGACAGAGCUUUCGCUACAACAGCGAAAGCAACAAAAGCAGCAGCCGCAGGCUACACAAGAGCAGCAGCAGCUGCAACAACAGAGCCUAAAGCGUCGCAGUAGUAGCCAAAGUAGCAAUAGCAGCAGUGGUGUGAAACAGUGUGGCAGCCAGUUCUCACAGCAGCGCAAGAGAGAAGCCAGCGUGCGAAGGAUUCCUGUCCCUAUAAAGCGUGGGUCGCCCCAAGCAGUCGCGCGCUGA